GGAUGGUGAGACAAAGAGCUUAUUUUCGUGCUGUAUCUAUGAUCUAUAUUUAGAUAUGAUGCAGAGCUGUACCCCCAAAAUCUCCGGAAGUGUUUUCUUUGUUUCAGUAUCUGUUUUGUCUUUAUCUACACUUGCCACAUUUUCUCCGGCCUCGGGGACAGCCUCGCGUUCACAACUUCCUGCAAAAAAAAGAGUAAGUGACGUUCCGUGUGGAGCCGUAAACAUUUCGGCAGAACGUGGAGAUUUUGCCCGGAAGGUCACCGGAACGUAGCCGGCGUGAGCAUAUGAUUUACACCGCGCCGGGCUCCGAGGAGAUCACAGGUGUUCAGAUGGAGGUGGGCAAUGCGGGAAAGGGAGCAGGAGCUGGCAGAGUCGUGCGGGUCACAAGAGCGGAGUCUUUCUGUGCGGCUCAUCGCCUCCACAGUAAUUCCUUGAGUGAUGAAGAGAACAAGAGAAUUUUUGGACAAUGCAACAACCCAAAUGGUCAUGGUCAUAACUACAAAGUGGAAGUUACCGUAUGUGGUGAGGUCAAUCCUAUCACUGGUAUGGUGAUUAAUAUCACAGAACUGAAGGAACACUUGCAGGAAGUCGUCAUGAAGCAGCUUGACCACAAAAACUUGGACAAAGAUGUUCCAUACUUCGCUAAUGUUGUUAGUACCACUGAAAACAUAGCCAUCUACAUCUGGGAAAACCUACAAAAACGCCUUCCACCAAGUCUACUCGAUGAAGUAAAGGUGUAUGAAACCAAAAAGAACAUUGUUGUGUAUCGUGGAGAAUAAGGAAAAUCCUCGUUGUGAUUUGAUUAUGUUCUUGUACUGAGAUCUUGUGAUGCCGAAUUUAACCCCGGUAAAGACUCUGCAUUAUACCUUUAUUAAAUUUUGUAGACUUUUGCAAAUAAUUUACUAAGAUUAGAAACGACAACCCCAAACUAUUCCAAAGUCCAUGUUGACGUCCAGUUGUUGCUGAAACUAGAGUUUCUGCAUCUACUGCCGUCCUUGAAAUUUAAUUCCAUUUGUUCACUCUUUGGCUGAAGAGGAAUUUUACAACAUUUGAAUUUAUAUAUCUAUUUUCUCUACACUUGCUACUUAAUUUAAAGUAACUCUGUUUAAGAUCAUUCUCUGCUUAGUUAAGCAGUAACAAAACAAGUUGGUUGUUACUUGUAGCAAUGUAAUCCCAGCAUUGCAAAAGGGGAAAAAGAUGGCAGAAGCUAUGAAAUUGUAUUUCUGCCGUAAACGACAAUGUUAAUUUCAAUCUGUGAAUGGUGAAUUGUGGUUUAGUUCCAAGAACUGCAAACUAAAUCUACUUUUAUUGAAGUUAUUUCUAUAUAUUGAAAUCAAUGCUGCAUCAAGGUUGUUCAGAACCACUCAAUCAUGAUAUUAAUGGAACCAAAGAAAUCAGAAGUAGCAAAAAUAAUGUGGCCAAAAUUUGUCCCACGCAGCAAAAAAAAAUGCAUAUCAAAGCUGAGAGAAAACGGAUUUACAAAGCAUUAACUGACAGUGUAAAGUAAAAUUAUAUGGUUGCUCAAAGUAAGUUUUUGUUAUCAAAAUACGUAUAUGUCACCAUAUACAACUCUCAGAUUCUUUUUGCUGUGUGCCUACUCAAUAAAUCUUUAGAAUAAUAACCAUAAAAAAAUCAAUGAAAUCCCAUCCAAAUGGGUCAUUGAACCAGAGUGCAGUUUACAACAAACUCUGCAAAUACAAUAAUAAUAAUAAUAAUAAUAAUAAUAAUAAUUAAUAAAUAAACAAUAACUAUCGAGAACAUGAGAGGAGGAAUCCUUGAAAGUUAGUUGUGGGACCAUUUCAAUGAUGGAGCAAAUGAGGUUGAGUGAAAUUAUGCCCCAUAAUAAACUGGGCCUUAUCCACUCCUUUUUGUGGGAUUUCCCGUUCAAAGGCAUCGGUAUUUCCAUACCAGGCUAUGAUGCAGCCAGUCGAUAUACUCUCCACUACACACCUACUGAAGUUUGUUGAAGUUUUAGAUGUUGUGCCAAAACUCUACAAACUCCUAAGGAAGUAAUUUUUUUUAAAUUGAUGAGUAUUUCUUAAUGCUGCUUUUUGUUUGCUGACAUUUGAUAAUGUACAAAAUUCAGAUUAAAGAGAAUCAUUUCAA